GAGUGUAUCGUAGCUGCUAUCAGUAGUUGUAGCUAGCUAAAUGCUAUAAAUAGACUGUAAAGAGAUUAAAGCUCGACUUUAUCAUAUUGAUGUAUUUAAUAUUGCUCACUGUAUCGACCUGCUUAGCAACAUGUCAUUGUUUAAUCCAAGAGGAUGAGAAGACUGAGAAUCAUUGUGAUCUCCUGAAGCAGUGGCUUGAAUCCACGUCAGUGUCAGUGGAGAUCAGUAAAAAGGGUUUCCACAGGGAACUGAUAACCACUGUUGACCUCAGCCCUGAUGUGCUCAGUGGUGUCAGAGUUUUGCUGGUUCAUCAAUGGCCCAGAGGUGUCUACAUUGAUCCAUACCAACUUGCAUCCCUGAGAGAUCAAAGUGAUUGGCAGAUAUUACUAGAUUCAGCCAUUGACCUAGAGGUGCCUGCUCAUAAGACUUCAGGAUUUGUCACCUAUGUGUAUCCCAACCAUGAUGAUCCAAGCCCCAGGCGGCUAAAAGUAACAAUUCCAAUACAUGGCCGCUACCAUGAGCCUUCUUCUGUUGGGAAAACAUGUACAUCUGUUGACAUACAACCUCCAGAGCUGCUGCUGCGGACUGAAAAAUGUACGCAGCUCAACAACUUAGAGCCUCACACUGUCGUGGAUGCCCCCUGCACGGUCCACAACUCAAGCACAUGUCCAUGGGUUAAAAUCCAGCAUCAGCAGGAGCAUGGCCCCAUGAGUUUACAGUUCCCAGUCGGUGAUGGGUCUUUGGUGAUACCUGUAUGCAGUGGAACUCUUCUGGUGACAAUGAUCUGCUGUGUGGCACUGUCCAAGUACAUGUGGAAACAUCAGAUUAUUUCAUGAUGGUCAGCAAACCUUGAUCUAAACAAUUCAUGAUCUUAUAUUUGUACAGUUUUGUCUGAUACAAGGAUCAUUCUGGUAUCAUUAUGAUCCAAGGAUUUUAAGAUACACUAUCAAAAGAACAUAAAAAAUAAAAUCACACAUUAAUAGACAUAGAUAGAAAAAGUCAGGUGUAUAAGAAUAAUUUAAAAUGAGAAAUGCAUUGAACAUCUUAUCUUCUGAGGUGACACAACGAGGUUCCAGGUGUGACUGUAAAUUUAUCCAGAUAAUUAACCUGCUUUUUGAAACAGGCCUCAGUUACAGUAAGUAUUUAA